AUGGCGGUGUACGUAACGUGCCUCACCGCAAGCGGAGGUUUGCCGGUCUUCACACGGUCUUCAGGAGAUUUGAAGCCACUUCCAUUCCCACUCAUCGGUUCUCUCAAUGGAGUUCACAUGUUUGGAGCCAAUCACAAUGUAGAUCUUCUGUCCUCAACGACUGACGAUUCCAAGGUCAUUUGGAAAGUGUUUCAAGACAGUAUCACACUAAUAAUCAUCUCCCAAGAUGAUAUUGCUGAUGAUUGCCACAUGGCCAACUUGCUAAAGUUCAUCCACCAGUCACUGGUCCUCUUACUGGGAAAGGAAGAAGUCCAGAACGUUGACAAAAAUGUGGAAAAAUUCAAACGAGAGGUGAAGGUAUGUAACAGCCUGAUUGACCAUUUGAUAAAAAUGCCUGGCUUGACCACCUUCUCACAGCUGACCAACACAGUGGAGAUCAUCGCUGCUCCUGAGAACAAUGUCCUACAGAACUUCCUUGACGCUUUUACUGAUGCUGCCGAAACAGUGUACGGCUGCUUAUUGGUGGAGGGCAAAGUUUCUGUGGCAACUAAAAAGUGGUGGAGCUUGACGGCCAAUGAACUUGUCCUGCUGCGAAUGUUGGUCUCAUCAAUGUCUGACUGUACAUCACGUGAUCUUCCUGUAUAUUUGCCCGAUAGUCAUCCAACUGUUCCUCAUCGUCUGAUGACUUUUCACCUGACCAAGCGUGUUGAAGUUUGUGUUAUCUGUGGCCCGUCUCCAAACCUUGCAGACCUGGAGCCUGAGGUUGUGAGAUUCUGGAAAACAGCAUACGAUCCUCUUAUAUCUGUGUGUAGACUCCAUCCAAGGAAUUUCCCUGUCACUAUAACCUUAGAUCCAAACAUCCUGGGAUUCCUGGUGGUAAAUAGAGACACAAACAGAAGCCUUUGUAGUACAAGUCCUUCUCUAGAGGACAGGUCCACACUGGGAGAUGGUCUGAACACUGCCCAGAGAAAGGAGGUACUACAAUCCUUUUACAAGAAAGUCAUAGGCUCAUUCUUCUCCUCCAACAUAGAGGGUAGUGAAUUGGGUCCCGGUGAAUACAGUCACACACCUCAGGAGACAUACAUCACCACUGAUAUACACAAGUGUUACGCCGCCCAAUCUGGCUCCUACCAGAUCUUCAUCCUGUAUGCAGAGAGCAUACCAACAUAUGCCAUGAGGUCAAUCACACAAAAGACCCUGAAUCUGCUCACAAAAGACAGACAUGUUUGCAUCUGAGGACCUGCCAUAUUGUACUGGGAUACAAAGUGGAGCUAUCUCACUGUACUGUGGUAUGGAAGAGAUCUACCACACUGCCUAGGAAUAGAGUAGACCUGCCACUGUACUGUGCUAUAUAAGGGACCUACCACACUGUCCAGGAAUACUCCCAUUGUGCACUGUGAUACUGAAGGGACCUACUAUUGUCCAGGUGUAGAGUGAACCUACCAUUGCGUACUGCGAUAUAUAGGGAACCUACCACACUGUCCAGGGAUAUAGAGUGGGCAUAGAAUAGAUCAUGUUAUGAGACACUAUAAAGUGCAAAGGGGUGACUUCAUUAACAGAAAUAUUUUACCAUUAAAUGGGUGCAGUGCAAGGUGGAAGUAUAUUUUACUAUGGAGGUAAAGGAAUCUCACAAGUCCAGGCGAUGCAGGCAGGGAUAGAGACCAUGUGAAUAAAGGUCACAGGUAACCUCACAGUCUUAGUUGUAACAAGUUCAUAGGGGUAGUAGAUUAUGUCACACUGGGACUGGUUUCUCCAGAAUUGGAUAUCUAGUCAUCAACUACAGAACCGGGCCACAGAAUGAGAUACAGUACUAGGAUACUAUGUGUCAGAUGUCCGUCAC